AUGAGGCCUGAGAACCAGAGCAGCGUGUCCCACUUCCUCCUGCGGGGGCUCCCCAUCCGGCCCGAGCAGCAGGGCGCGUUCUUCGCCCUGUUCCUGGCCAUGUACCUGACCACGGUGCUGGGGAACCUGCUCCUUAUCCUGCUCAUCAGGCUGGACGCUCGCCUGCACACGCCCAUGUACUUCUUCCUCAGCCACUUGGCCUGCUCUGACGUUGCUGUUUCAUCUGUCACCGUCCCUAAGAUGCUCCUGAACAUGCAGACUCAGGACCAAUUCAUCCCCUAUGCAGGGUGCAUUUUUCAGUUGUAUUUUUUCAUAGUUUUUGGUACUUUUGACAAUCUCCUUCUAGCGGUGAUGGCGUAUGACAGGUACGUGGCCGUCUGUCACCCUCUACACUACCCCACCAUCAUGAGAGAGGAGCUGUGUGUGACGCUGGUGGCUGGCUCCUGGGUUGUCUCCUUUGUCCAUGCCCUCUUGCACACCCUCCUCUUGGUCCGACUCAUGAGGCCUGAGAACCAGAGCAGCGUGUCCCACUUCCUCCUGCGGGGGCUCCCCAUCCGGCCCGAGCAGCAGGGCGCGUUCUUCGCCCUGUUCCUGGCCAUGUACCUGACCACGGUGCUGGGGAACCUGCUCCUUAUCCUGCUCAUCAGGCUGGACGCUCGCCUGCACACGCCCAUGUACUUCUUCCUCAGCCACUUGGCCUGCUCUGACGUUGCUGUUUCAUCUGUCACCGUCCCUAAGAUGCUCAUGGACAUGCUGACUCAGGACCAAUCCAUCCCCUAUGCAGGGUGCAUUUUUCAGUUGUAUUUUUUUAUAGUUUUCGUAUUUUUUGACAAUCUCCUUCUAGCGGUGAUGGCGUAUGACAGGUACGUGGCCGUCUGUCACCCUCUACACUACCCCAGCAUCAUGAGGGAGCAGCUGUGUGUGACGCUGGUGGCUGGCUCCUGGGUUGUCUCCUUUGCCCAUGCCCUCUUGCACACUCUCCUCGUGGUCCGACUGUCCUUCUGCGCUGACAGUACCAUCAACCACUUUUUAUGUGAGCUCACUGUGCUCCUGAAGCUGAGCUGCUCGGACAGCUCCCUCAAUGAGCUGGUCAUCUUUACAGAGGGCGGAAUAGUUUCCAUCCUGCCUUUGGGGAGUGUCUUAGGCUCAUAUAUCUGUAUAGGGAUUAUCAUCCUGAGGGUUCCCACUACGAAGAGACUUUUGAAAGCCUUUUCUACCUGUGGCUCCCAUCUCUUUGUGGUAUCUUUAUACUAUGGGACACUCUCAAGCAUUUACUUUUUCUCCUCAUCCUGGGAUUCCAAAGAUAUAAUUGCUUCAGUCAUGUACACGGUAGUUACACCCAUGCUGAAUCCCUUCAUCUAUAGCCUGAGGAACAGAGACAUAAAACAGGCCCUACGUGUGUUUGUCAAUAGGGCUAACUUCUUCAAGUGA